UGAAAAGUGAAAACAACAGUACAUAAAUGUCGGGUUAGAGAGGCUGUGAUAAGAGAAUCUGUCUUUCUUUCUUGCUUGCUUUCUUUCUUUCUUUCUUUACGAGUUUAAAAGCGCAGUUUUAUUCUCCGCUACAAUGAUGAAUUUUCGCGGCGAUGUACGUAGAAUGUUUAUGUGGACGCUCGUUUUAAGGCCCAGGGUUUAUUUUCAGCCUCAUGCUAAUAUCAAGACCGUCUGUGAUGAAAUCAUUAAAAAUCUGCGUGAAGUGUCGAAUGUUGUCAGUGUGCAGAAUGAGGAGUCGUCCGAUGUGAAAGUGAGCUUCUGUCCGAUCGUCUCUCGCGCAGGAACCGACAUUGAAGCGACUCUUUCUCACCUCUCACUUGAUAAGCCCACCAUAGUGUUCGUAUGUCACCACACCUUCAACCCUGAAUACCUUGCACCAGACAGCGGAGCCUAUGAAAGGAACAAUUUGAUGAUGGUGGACAUCUUGUUCCAUGAAGACUUGGGGCUGCUGAGCUGUCCAAUGAAUACUAAAGCAAUCAAAAAGGCAAAGGAUUACCUAGCACAAUACAGCAAACAGCCUGCUGUACGUUCAAUGUGGGCUGUAGCUCAUGCAGGUGGCAUUGUUUGCUUAAGUUUGUUCACAGUAUGGCUCAUAAACCGUGUUGCGCGAGCCCCAAACGGGACCAAGGCAAACGUAUUUUUAAAGCAUAUUGGAAUUCUUGCAGGUGGCAUUUUUUGUUUGGUUGUGUCCAAAAAAUGGAUCUGACCCGGUGUUUUGCCAACACAAAUCCAGUUUUUCAAUCUUUUCCAAGGCUGAAAAACCAAGGCAGAUGCAAGUUGAUGCUUUUUUGUUUUUUAAAGUCAUGUUGAGCUAAUCCAGCAUGCUUAUUUCAGAUUUGGAUUAUCAUCUCUUUCAACAGUGUAUUUGUUUCGUUGUACAUGAUAAUUAAAUUUAAUUUACAUUUAA